AUGUGGGAUGUGUUCUGGAUCCUGACAGUGCUCACUCAAAUCCUUAGCCUGCUCCAAACUCAAUUUACUUCCCUCGCGUUAAUCAGUGAUCGAUACGUCGCCGUAUUCCAUGCUCGCGAGAACAGCUGCGACAAUUCCGAUGAAGUCCCCUGCCCGUCACUGCAUCGUGCUCCCGCUACUUUAGGUUUGAAACGGGUCAUCGCGUGGCAUGCAACGACUUUGCAUAUCUUUCAAUACCUUCGUCAAACACUAUGGGACUUGCUAGAGGCGAAGUUCCUCUUGAGUGCUGGAUGGGGAUUGGGGAAGGAUAACGAGCCGCGAGAGGAGAUGCCGCUCAGACCGGCGGAUAAGAUCGCUAUGGAGCGAUUCGUUGCCAAUGUGAAAACCAGCAAGUACUCUAGGGUCAGGGACCCGAGGAAUGAGGAGUGA